AUAUAGUCAGACACAUGGAUUUUUAAUUAAUGGAUGCUCACAUAAUGAUAAACUCAGCAGUCCUCCAUACACCAACAUGGAAUUCAACAGCACUCUACAAGACAAAGAUAAACUCAGCAGUCCUCAAUACACCAACAUGGAGUUCAGCAGCACUUGA